GCGCAUCAGGGAGAAAUUUCCCUUCUUUCCCUUCCUGUGCUCGCAUUAACACCUUGGCAGUGGUGUGAAAAUCCUUCCCACUGUCAUGAGCUGAGAGCAUCUCCCCUGCUCCUUCAACCUUUGCUCUUUGUCUUUAUUUCGCUUCACCCUUCCUCCGGUAGCUCUCACUGCACUGGCCACAGACUUCCUUUAGAUCAGCCCAGCUGCGGCCGCAACACAACUUGCAGCCAAGUCGCAAACACUGUUGUGCCACUGAGACUGCCGCGGAGGAGAGCAAUGCUAGCCAGAGGCUGAUGGCCCGCUCAGUCUGGUAAUCCAAGUCUCCAGAAAUGACAGGGAAGCCUCUCCAGGAGAUCAGAGAAGCCAGGAGAUGGGGUUACAAACAUUGCUUCUGCAAGCUGAGGUGGAAGGAGGCUGAGAAAUGAGGAAGACCAUAUGUUCCUUGUUGGCCCAGAGCUGGCAUUCAGCAGCAGCACGCUUUCCCCUACAGGGAAUAAAUUGCAUCCAUUAAAGUACACUUUGAUGUGUGUGUCCUGAUGGUUUUUGUAUCCUCCCAGACAGUCCAUCCCCACAACGCUGUGGCUUUUUGUACUUGACAUCUGCUUGGCAGCUCCACCACGCACCACUGGGUGCAGGGCACUGCUUCCAUGAAGGACUUGGUUAAGCGUGUGGUGCUAAAGACCCAUGUGUGUCAGGAGUGCAGCAAAUCCUUCAGCAAGAAGGGGAACUUGAAGAGACACCAGUGGAUCCACACGGCAGCGGAGCUCUUCAUUUGUGUGGACUGUGGGAGGCGCUUCACCACCCGGGGCCACCUCACGACCCACCAGAGCAUCCACACAGGAGAGAAGCCCUUCUGCUGUGGAGAGUGCGGGCGAUGCUUCCGUCUGGAGAUAUGCCUGGCCGCCCACCAGAAGACACACACCAAAGGUGGUCCCUACCUCUGCACCCACUGCGGCAAGAGCCUGAGCACAAAGAUCUACUUCAAUAUCCACAUGCGGACUCACACGGAGAAGAGGCCGUUUGCCUGCACUGAGUGUGGGAAGAGCUUUGUGAAGAAGGGCACUCUCACUGCCCACAGGGAGAUCCACAAGAGGGAGAAGCCCUUCAAAUGUCCCGACUGCAGUAGGUGCUUUGGGCAAAGUGCCACACUGCUGGCCCACCAGAAGAUACACCUCCGUGGGGGGCCUUUCAUUUGUACUGAGUGUGGGAAGAGCUUGAGCACCAAGAGGUAUUUCAGUGUGCACCAGAGGAACCAUGCUAAGCAAAAGCAAAAGCUGCUUGAAGGAUGUAUCAACAGCGUGUCUCUCCAGGUCAUGCGGAUUAAAGAGGAGCCUGAUUUUGCCUUCAGGUCAGAGGAGAAUAUGCCAGAGAAUAUGCCCCAUGAAGGAAACGUAGGCCAGGGGUGUAGCAUACCUAGAAUCCCAUUUAAUCCAAAAACUCCUCCUUGGAAAAUCCAGAUGAAGGAGGAUCCAGAACCACCCACUGAUGACACAGCAAACAUUACUGCAAUAGCCCGCCAGAAACUUUACAUCAAGGAAGAGCCACCAGAAAAUCUGGAUUAUGGAAAGCUCUUUGAUCCAAAAAUCCCAGUGAUGGCUUUACAGGGGAGACAGCUUAAAAAGGAAGAAGAUGCUGAUGGGCAGCAUGAACAGGAAGUCCCCGCAGCCAGUAACCUGGUGCUCCAUGUGAAGGAAGAACCACAGGAAAGCAUUGAGUUUCGGAUGCACUACGGGCAGAAGCCAAACCUCAAUGCUAUCCAGCGGAUUCAAAUUAAAGAGGAACCUAGUGUGGAGGCCAACCACCAGGAGAGCCAGAGCCCAAAGAGGAAGCAGAAGAAAGGCUAUUUGUCCACCAAAGAGGGGACGCUGGAGAACCGGGAGAAAUCCAUGUCUAAAGGGCCCUCAGCAAAAGGAGUCCACAGUGGUGAACGAGUAUUCCCUUGUCCUGAGUGUGGGAAAAGUUUCAACCAGAAAUCAAACCUGACCAGACACAGGAAGAUCCACACGAGUGAGGGGCAGUACAAGUGCAGUGAGUGCAGGGAGAGCUUCCGCAUGAAACGCAAGCUGAUCCGCCACCAGCGAGUCCACAUGAGCGAGCCCUUCAAAUGUACCGAGUGUGGGAAGAGCUUCACCCAGCGGUCAAAUCUGGUCCGUCAUCAGAGGAUUCACACCAAGGAGGAGCCCUACCAGUGCCCUGAGUGUGAGAAGACCUUCAACCAGAAGGCCAACCUCUUCCGUCACCAAACUAUCCAUGUCCGCAUGGGGCCUUGCAAGUGCACCAAGUGUGGGAAAUGCUUCCCCCAUAAGCGCCACCUGAUUAAACACCAGCUGCUCCACUCCCGAGGUGGGGCCUACAAGUGUGGGGUCUGUGGGAAGCGCUAUCGGCUGAAGAAGUACCUGAGGAGGCACCAGAAGAUCCAUGCAAGGGAAGGAACCGCUCAAAACAGGCGGAGGCCACAAGGACCGGCAGUGGACCCCACCAUGCUGAACAGAGAGCAUUGUCCCCCAUGAAGAGCAAAGAGGAGAGCUGAGUGGGUGUGGUGCUUGUCAUGUGGGAAAGUCCUUUGGGAAAGGGGAGGGAUGGAGACAAACUCUGCUUGCCUUAUGUGUGCAGUAUCUGGGGGUUGGGAGGUCAACUUGAGGGUACGGUGGGGACAAGGGGGCAGAGCCCUGCUGGAAACCAGUCCUCUGCAGCUCUUAUGAGGACAACCCUCAGAGCAUCAUUUGCUUACAGCAGUGGAAUGGGGCUGAAGAGCCAAGUUUCCUCAGAGCACUUUUAGAGAUGGAGGGAUAAAAGCUUGGCAUCCUUUGUAAUGGUAUGGUUGUGCCUCUAAAGGGUGCCAAAGUUGUGGAUGCCAGAAUUGUCUUGCGUGGGCAAUAUCUGGCCAGGAGGACCAGGCAGGAUUUGUUUUUGUAGAUUACUGUGUUUCUGAGAAAGCUGAAGGGAGCCUUAUCUAGGCAAGGGUUUAAAGCAAGGGACAACUCUCUGAUCCACACCUUGAUCCUACUGGGCUGAUGGACCCUAGUCAACCAGGUGUACAUAUCUGGGGUAAAUUAUUGCCAGCCAGAGCAGGGUUUUAAGCACUGAAUCCCCCAAACCAGGCUCCCAGAGUGGCUUAAACAAGGUCCAUAAAAUUAAGUUAUGCAAAAUUAAUGACUGUUUUCCCAAAGGUACCCCAGAGGCCAGCAGGUUGUAUUCUGGUUUGUGCCCCUACAAUCCCACUGAAUGGAUGUAAAUGAGAAUGGCUUUUCUUAGCAUUGAGUUUUACAUCUCCGAUAAGCAGGUGGUUUGUCACCACAAGUCUCAGAAGCAUCAGUGACUUCACCAGCUGGAGCAACACCAGGGCUGGUUCUCAGCCACCUGCUCCCCUACCUGUUACUGUGAAGCUCUUGGUAGGAUAUUGACUUUAUCAGGCAUGAUUUAGGGAAUUCAAACCAAGCAGCAGGAAUAGCUGAAAAAGUCUUCAGUCAUUAUGGACUAGAGAACUGGAAAAUAUUUCCCUGUUGGGAUGUUUUCCCUUCCUCUCCCUGGUGUAAAGGGGACUGCGCAGCUGCUCAAAAGCAUAUACAGUUCAGCAGCCUUUAUUGCUCACUGAUGAUGAUUUUGUAUGAGUGUUCCCUAGUCAGAUGAAUCUUUGUGUCUUGAAAGUCCCUGGUGCAGCAGCCAUGUGGAGGGAAUACACAGUCCCCUGAGCAACUCUGCAAGCUUUCUCUGCAGCACUGCUACAUGGCCACCUGGGCACUGCCAAGCAAAGAUGCAUAUUGAGGUUAGUUGUGUUGCUGUAAUAUGUAGAGUCCAGGAGUCAAGUGGAAGAGUGUUCCAUGGUGAAAUAGUAGCUCUGCUUCUCUGGUUUUGUGGAACAAAAGAAGCCCCCUCCCCACACACCGCUUCCUUCUCCCAGGACAUGCAGCAGAUGAUAGCAUCCUCUUAGAGGCCCAUGAAAGUCAUGCAGCAUGACUAUGGGCAACUUCCAGCUGUGAUGCUUCAGACCCAAGAUGCUUGCUAUCUGCACUGCCUACUCUGGAGCAGCUUCCUUCUCUAGGCAGGGAAGCUGAGGUGUGAAGAGAAGGAAAGGAACAGGAUAAACUGUUCUUGAGCUUUGCCUUUACCAGCUACUUGGACACUGUUGUGUAGAGGCACUUUGUUGUGGCAACUCAAGCAAAACACUGAGAACAGCUGCCAAACCCCAAAAGCACAGGGUAAUUUUGGUGUUUAUAUUCUCUCAGCCUUUGAUAUAGUCAGGCCCAGAACAUGAUUUCAAAUAGCAAAGCAAGCUCUGACAGCCUCAGAAGGAGCCUACCUCAGUCCCCUCACCUACAAAGUGUAGCCAGACUAGUUGAUAUGAAGCUCCCCCUCAAAUCCCUCUGACCUGUUAGAGGUUCAUUUCUGGGACAGAAAAGGCUGAUACACAGGGCAAAAAAACAAGUUUAGGAUGUUCUAGAGGAGACUAAGGAACAUCCUUGUUAAAAAAAUGGGUCUGGGCUGUAUGGUGGGUAAAUACUUCAUAGCAGGGCUGGGAAACCAUGUUCCUUGGGAACAAUAUGUCUGAGCUAAACUAGCAAAGCAAAACAGCCUUCGUUAGGCUUGCUAAAGGGCAGAGGUACAGCAGAGCUCUUCAGUGGGGAGAAUUAAUCACCAGAUGGAUGCCAUUUUCAUUAGCGUAGUGUAGGGCUGUAGAGGCUUUUACCAGGAAGAGCAACUGGUAUGAAAGGUUUGCCAGUUGUAUUAUUGUGUCUGUGCACACAGACAGUGCACUGAGGCAAUGUCAAUAGCUUUCCUGGACAUCACUGGAUCUUCCACUGUUGACCAUGGCCAGUGUGGGUGUCCUUGCUUCUGGGGACAAUGAGGGCUGGUAGUUUGUAAUAUCUUCUCAAUAAAGAAAAUAUUUAAAGGA